AUGCUACCCAUGGUGCAAGCGGAACCUGUGCUUUUUAAUUCUGCAGGCCACACUGUAAAUGGGGCCCCUCCAUCUGCUAAUCUGCCACCUUCAGUCACCUCCGACUCAGAUGUUGAAGAAUUGGUUGACAUCUUUUUUGAUAUCGAUGUUGCUGUGAAUAAAUUCCCAAGAAUUGAAUCCUGUGAACUCCAACCGGGAGACACAUGGAGGGGAAUGCAUGGCAAGAUGAGCGUGACCACGCCGGUUAAGAAGAUAAGAAAAAAGUCUGACAAUAAGCCACAAUCGCAAAUAAACAAGUGUCAUAACGAAAAAAAACGGCGCGAGUUGGAAAACGAGACCAUAAAUCAGCUCGAAGAGCUUUUGGGGACUUGUCUAGCUGAAGUAAAACAGCCAGACAAAAACGGCAUCGUUCGAGAGGCCACUCGUCAAAUCCAGGAGGUUCUGAAACGGCGGCGCGACUGUCCCGGCGAAUGUCCCCUGCGUUUAGUUCAAUGCCUCUCGCCGGUACAGGCCGGGGAAGUCAGCUCCACACAACCACAGCCACCGCCCGCUGGUUUCCAGUAUUCUGAGCUCACUACACUCAUUGAGGCCCUCAAACAUUAUACAAGUAGUCUGGGCUGGGUUUUGUUGGAAAUUAAUUCCAAAGGUGAAAUUGAGUGUGUAACAGAAAAUAUAAAAGAUCUCAUUCUUGUCGAUAGAACUGAGCUGUACAAGAAAUCGAUCUUUUCAUUUUUGCAUACCGGUGACCACGCAAAAUUAAAACCUAUAAUAAGGAACGCGCAGGCGUUUUCCUGGAGCUCAGGGGAUAUCGAUAAGUUUCAAGCCAUACAAGUUCGUCUGCUUAUCAAGAAUCCCAAUGGUAGUGACGGUGCUGGGCUGGAUGCUGUGAUCCACGCUGCGCCGGUACGCGGCUCGUCCCCGGAGGAGGCCGGCUCCGUCAUGUGCGUCAUCCGGCGCUGCGAGGACGCGUCGGCCGCACUUCUUCCAGUCGACGGCGGCCCGCCCGCCAUCACUUCCAAACACUCUGAAAACAUUGUCUUCAGAUUAGACUGCAACUAUACUAUUUUAUCUUGCGAUUUAAGUGGAGUGGAAAACCGUUUAAACUCCCCCUUGUCUCUUGUGGGAACUUGUUAUUUGGAACUUGUUGAAAACUGUGAUCGUAUUCGCGUAGCUGCGCAUUUGCAAGAAGCCGUGUGUCGUCCUGGCCCACCAGUAGUGAGCGAGCCUUUUAGAUUACGUAUCGCGGCAAAUAAGCUUUGGUUUAGAGUCAGUGCUCAAUCGCGUCUAUUUAAGGCAAAGCCGACUUCUGGGGAACCCGAUUUUAUUAUGUCGACGCAUACGAUUCUCGGCGACGACGAAGUCGACCUUCUAGAAGUUACUGGAACGCGACCGACCGUCGGUGGCCCUUUGAUGACAUCCGUGGCGAACGGAGAAUCUUCUGGCUGCGAAACCCGGUAUCGCUCUUCUAUUAGUCCCACCGAAGCGCAGUUUUCUAUCAACGAUUUCGACCUCGAACCCUGGGCGCCGAAUUUUCAAAUGGGAGAAAUGUCCAGCGAAGACUCGAAAGAGCACAAAGAGGGAACGAGUGAAGAUCCAGGUACUCCAUUGACAUCACGUGCACCUUCGGCAUCCAACGAGGGGUCACAUUCUUCAGCACCGGCCGAGGAGCCCAAUCGUCUGCGCUCGUUACUUAGUAAAAAAACAGUCAGCGUAUCCGACGCCGUGGCAAAUUCGAACAAUCGUAUCUUGAAGGACCUGCUAAAUCAAGACGACGAGGAAGCGACGAGCAGUGAGACGUCGGCCCCGCACACGCCGCACACGCCACACACGCCGCACACGCCGCACACCCCGCACACGCCGGGCGCCGCGCUGUCGCCGCUGCACACGGCGCAGGCGCACGCGCGCCCGCCGCCGCUGCAGGCGCACGCCACGCACGCGCCGCACGCGCAGCUCGCGUCGCACGCUCAGCACGCCCAGCACGCGCCGCACGCUCCGCACGCUCCACACCAACCACACCAGACUACUCACAACAUGCAGCAAACGCAUCAUAAUAAUUCGGAGGUAUUACUAAGGAUAUUAAACGAAAAAUCAGAUGAAGAUAAUGAAGAAAACAGAAGAAAUGCCUCCGAUAGCACUCGCGGUACUUCACAACCAAGUGCAUUGCUCUCUCAGCUGCUUUCUCCCAGCAAUGGGCCCUCCGGCAAUGGCCGCUCUCAGGAUGCCAGUGAUAACUACCUCGAAAGAAUUGGUAUAAAGCGAAAGUAUGAGGAAAGUAAGACGCCUAAUACUAAUGCGAAAAGAGCUACACCUGAAAAUCAACAGGUCACGUCUAGUGCCGUGUCAGUAGCAUCUUCGGCUCCUUCGUCGACAGCUGCUAGUCCCGCCACUAGUAGUAGUAAUAUGCGUCCACUCCGCCAGAAGAAUCAAAUACUAGUAGCACUUCUAGAGCAAGCCACGCCCUUUCCUACACCAAACCUUCGAGGCUAUGAACCGGUGCCUCGCCCCAGGUUACCGCAGAUACCGCAGCAUCAUCAUUCCACAUUAUCAAAUAUGCUCACACCACACAGUCGAGCGGGUAACGUGAACGGCAGCGGGGCGGGUGGCACGGCGACGAGCGCGGCGGUGAGCGCGGCGAGCGCGGCAGUGUCCAGCGCCAGCGCCAGCCUGAGCGCGCCGAGCCACCUGCAGAUGGUGCUGCAGAGCAGCGCGCGCGCCGCCUACCCGCACUCGCCCGCGCCCGCGCCCGCCAUCUACGCCAACACGCCGCCGCACCACUUGUACAACACGCAACCUACGAAUGAUAAUUCUCGAAGUCAAGGCAGUUCAGGCGGUGGAGGUGACAGUGAUGCACCCAGUGAUUUGAUGCUUUCGUACAUUUUGGACGAGGUGAUCGAAAAUAUGCCUUAUGCAGAAAGACCUGCACCAGAUGUCAAUGUUCUCAUGAAUUUAGAGAAUCGUCAGCUAAGAUCAGAUUUCGCGGGUAUGAAAGAAAAGAAUGCGGUGAUAAAUGCUAUUACACAAAGCCUCAUGCAAUGUGAAACCGCGUCAAAAAAUCCAGUCUCCUCAAGUCCCGGUGCUCCUCCAGUGUAUCCUGUACAAAGUCCGGGAUCAUGUAACAUGGGAAGUGGGAGCAGUUCAAUGUAUGGCAUGGCACCACGUGGCGAGGACUCGCGUUCACUAGUAGAGCAACACCGCGCUCGUCUCCUACAAUUACAGCGUUCCCAACAGAUGCUUGUCUCUCCUGAGGCCGCAGAGCAGCCUCAGGCUGAUUUGGGUUCCACAAUAAAUGCACUCGUAUCUGCCACGCCUCCAAACGUCGCUCUUACGCGGACUGAUUUUCAUCAUUUAUAUCAUCAGACCAAUCAAAUGGGUUCAAAUUACGGUACAAAUAAAAUCACAACUUCUCAACAGAACCCAAUGCUCAGUCGACAGCUGUGUAAUGCUGGCGCCGGGUCGGGCGGGGGCGCGGGCGGGUACGCGCACUCUGCGGCGGCGGCGCUGCACACGCCGCACACGCCGGUGGCGCACCAGCCCUACCUGCGCGCGCCGCGCCCGCACCUCGUGGGCGGCUACUAUGAGGAGAGCGAGGCGAGUGCCAGCGGCUACUGCGGGGAGUACGGGCGGCGGGCGCAUGGCGCGCAGCAGCCGCACCCCCCGCACGCGCCGCACCCCCCGCACCCGGCUCACGCGCCUCACGCGCCGCACGCGCCGCACCCGCCGCACCCGCCGCACCCGCCGCACCCGGCGGCGCACGACCAACCGAUGCCUUGUGGCGGCGGUUCUGGCGGUGCUGGUGGCGCUGGUGGCGGUGGUGGCGGUGGUGGCGCGGCGAGUGCGGCGGGCGGCACGUCGGAGUACGUGCGCAACGAGCUGCGCGCCGUGGUGGGCGCCCGCUCGGCGCGCCCCGACCUGCACGCGCCGCUGCACGCGCCCGACCUCGACCCGCUGCUCACCUUCGACAUGCCCGCGCCCGGUGGCGGCAGUGUGGUGGGGGGCCGAGCGUCUACUGCGCCGGCAAACUCGUGGGAGUCGCAACAGAGCACACCGAAUACUACGGAGGCGGGCUCGGCGGCGGGCGGUGAUGAGGCGUCGAGCGCGGCGGGAGGGGGCGGGGGCGGGGGCGGGGGCGGCGGGGCGGGCGGCGCGGCCGCUAGGGCGUCGCUGCUGCAGAAGCUGCUGUCGCAGUGA